AUGGCCACAAACUUCUGCGGCUGUUACAAUCAAAUGGCAUCAAGUCUUAAUUUUCUCUUUCCUAUUUCGGUUGUGUAGGAAGUAAUAUUUAAUGGGUCUAUUCUUAGAAUGAAGGUUUAUACAUCCAAUUUUACUGACUGGGUUUUGAAUCGAAGAUUGCGUGACACGCAAUGAACGGUAUAAAUUCACACGAAUCCAAUUUCGAAUUGAAUUGCAACUUUUGCGUCAGUCGCAGUAAUGUCAGUUGACAUUAGUGUAAAUGAGUUAGCAGUUGUUGUCAAAGCACCAACGGUAUUAACUGUUGGCGAAAAUAGUGAAUUGAGAACUGAAAUUGAAAAAAUGGAAAAUACCAUGGAAAAGGUCUCCUCCUCGGCUGGUAUGGAUAUACCGACUUAUUCUAAGGAGGAAUCUACUGACGAAGAGAUGCCGUUUGAGACUGAGCGAAUACCGCUCAAGAGAAAGUCCGAGGAAGACUUAUUGGACCACAAUCAUAAACGACGGAUGACAGAAGGUGAUCAAGCUGAUGACUGGGAAAAUGUAAUCAGUACAACAGGAGAUGAAAAGCAAGAAGGAGAAAACCCAACAGAUGAACAAGAACGCAAGGUUAUUAUCUUGAAGGGAAAUCUACCAAAGCUGGCAUUACCAGAGGGCUGGAUAGCACUUAAUCAUCGCAGUGGAGGAAUCAUUUAUCUCCAUAAGCCGUCAAGAGUGUGCACAUGGUCUCGUCCUUAUCACAUUGGUGGAGGAAGCGUCAGGAAACAUGAUGUACCAUUGGCUGCAAUUCCAUGCCUCCACCAGAAAAAGGGAAUAAAUCAAGAGAAUACUGAAGAAACAAAAUCAGAGAAUGGUACCUCCAAAUCAAAAAACCCAGCAGGUUCGAUAUUAAAUGCUCUGAAUACCCAGGAUGUUGAAAAAUGUGUUGCAAAUACCAGCGUAGUAAAAAAUACCAGUGAAGAACAAGAAGAAACUACUGACAGCAAUAAGAAUACUCCACCAACUUUGGAGUUAUUAGACAUUGGAGAACUUGGAAGUUACCUUUCGACCAUAUGGGAGUUUCAAACCCUUACAUCAGAACAAGAACGGUAUGCUGUGAUGGCUUUGCCACAGACUGAAGAUGAUGUUGAAUUACCUUCCAGUCUGGAGUGUUUAUCAUAUUCAGUAAAAGGUGCAGAGAAUGGAAAGAGCCCCAGUAAAUAUUGUCUGUUGAAUGCUGGUGGUAAAACACCGGUGGCUAUCUUACAUGAGUAUUGUCAACGAAUUUUGAAAUCCAAACCAGUUUAUCUUGCAAGUGAAAGUGCAAGUUCAGAUAGUCCCUUUGUGGCAGAGGUACAAAUAGAUGGCAUCAAAUAUGGCUCUGGAACUGGUUCCAGUAAGAAAAUAGCUCGCCAGAUUGCUGCUGAAUCUACUCUUGAAGUUCUGUUACCAGGGAUGUUUAAAAAAAUUCGCGAUUAUCAGAUUUCUGAUGCCGAGCUAGAGUUUUUUGAUCAAGUAGACAUAUUGAACCCUCGGCUUUUCGAGUUUUGCUCAAAAACUUCUCUCCCCAGUCCCUCGCAAAUCCUCGAGGAGUGUCUAAGAAGGAAUCAAGGUAUCUGCUCAUCCAUUGAGUUUAAAACAGUCUGCGGACAGAACAAAAGUCUAUCAUUUAUUAUAACAUGUGGCAAGCACACUGCAACGGGUCCUUGUAAAAACAAACGAAAUGGCAAGCAGUUAGCGUCACAGCACAUCCUCAAAAAACUGCAUCCUCAUCUCGAAAAAUGGGGAGCACUUAUUCGGAUCUACUGCGACAGACCCACGGGGUCAAUAAAAAAGUACAAAAAAGAUGACAGUGAAACAGCCAACGAGAAAUCAGGGGGCAACUCUUCUACAAAUACUGAUUUACUCGAGCGUCUCAAAAGCGAGAUGAGAAAAAUGUAUUCUGAGAAUGAAAACGCAAACAGGAUGGACGCUAUGGAUAAACCAGCAGAACCAGUGUUUACUGUGACCAUCUAAAGAUGGUAGAAUUCGGUCAAAAUUAAAUUAGAUUCAACAGGAAAUAGCUAUAAAUGUUACAUUUUAAUGUUUUAUGAAUCUUUUCAAUGGGAAAUAAAGAGAUUUUGAUUUUUCUUGA